AUGUUACCAGAAAAGACUCAGUGUCUGGAAGUCCAAGUGGAAGCAGUUACAGAUAAUACGACAGAGGCACUCGGUUGUCCUGAAAACAGUGCAGUUCAGGUUGUAGAGCAUUUUGAUCAACAUUUUGACAGCAUUUAUAAUACAGGUAUUGAGGGAUUUAGAAUAGAGGAAGCAAGUGUAAAUGUGGUGGGAAAUGAUGUGUGUUCUUACCAUGCUAAAUAUUUCUGUAUUGCAAAAAGUGACUUUAAUUGUGUUGAUGAAGGCACAUCUAGUGCGGCUGAAGAACAGAAUCUGGAAAUAUUGAGUGUUAGCUACAAUGGACAGACUCUUACUCACGUAAAUGCUAAAAGAUCAAGAACCAAACUGGGAAGAUCAUCAAUGGAAUUGGGCGGCUGCGGCAAGAAGACACAAAAUCAUCGGGUUCUGAAAUUUAAUUGUGCUCGCCUGAAAGGUGGUGGAAACUGUGGAGCCGUGUCUGCAGAUACAGAUGUUACAGAGCCCAAUAUCAGUUAUGACUCUUGCAUAUGCACAGGCUAUCGUAGGACAGAAGAUCACCACGUAGGGGCAGGUGUUAUUUUCAAAACGGGUGCUGGGGAGACUGAAUUACAAGAGAAUAGCAAGACAAAUUCCAGUGUAAACCUACCAUCGGGUAAAUAUACAUUACGAGCAGUGGUAUCUGCAGAACACCUCAUUGACAUAUCCAGAUUUAAUCCUGAAGAUUAUCCAAGUGAAGAUUGUGAUGAAAGGGUGAGAAUAGAGCGGGCAAGAGAAAUUGCAGAAUGUGUUGAGCCACCACCUGGAUUUCUCCCAUCUGCUCAUAUCCAGAUCGCGCGUGAUGAAUUCACGGCAUUUUUCCAAUCACAUCUGAAUUUCCAUCCAUCAGCGUUCUCAACGUGUCCACAAAUAGACAUGAGUCUGUCGUCAGGAAUACCAAGAACUGUUCACACCCAAGUGGAUUAUAUUCAUUGUCUGGUGCCUGACCUACUGCAGAUUACUUCUUCUUCAUUUUAUUGGGGUAAAAUGGAUCGUUAUGCGGCAGAGCGAUUGUUGGAGGGCAAACCUGAGGGUACAUUUCUUCUUAGAGAUUCUGCACAAGAUGAAUAUCUGUUUUCAGUUAGUUUUAAAAAAUACGGGUGAUCUCUGCACGCACGCAUUGAACAGUGGAACCACCGCUUUAGUUUUGAUUCACAUGAUCGGGGUGUAUUUGCUUCACCAACAGUUUGUGGUCUCAUUGAGCAUUACAAGGAUCGAUCAUGAUGCAUGUUUUUUUUUACCGAUGCUUACAAACCAGUGCACAGAAAUUUCUCAAUCCACUUGUGUCGAGCUGGUGUAUCCAACAGGGCCACGUAUGAUGGAUUAAAUCAGUUAAACUUGCCUACGUCUCUGAAAUCCUAUUUUAAAGAGUGUCAUUACAAACAACGUGUGCGAGUAAGACUACUUGACUUACAACAGUAA